AUGAAACAGCUACUACGCACGCAAUUUCUUCCCACUGAUUUUGAACAAAUAUUAUAUAUGAGGUACCAACAUUGUAGUCAAGGCGCGAGAUCCAUAAGUAAAUAUACAGAAGAAUUCAAUCGGUUGAGUGCCCGGAAUGAUCUCAACGAGUCUACCAACCAGUUGGUAGCUCGAUACAUAGGAGGCCUCAAGGACAGUAUCCAAGAUCAAUUGGAAUUGAAUUCCGUCUGGUCCCUGCCCCAAGCGGUCAAUCUAGCUAUGAAAAUUGAGGUCCAGCAAAACCGCAAGCCCAAGGUGCCUUACUCUCGUCGACAUUGGCAGGAACAAAAUUCUACUCCGACUAAGCACCCGUAUCAAUCCGGAUCGAAAACCGCACCGAAUUCUCUUCCUGCAGCAGAAUCAGCGGGCGUGAAUGUUGAAGAUAAGGCGUUGCAGAAACAGAAGGGCGCCAAUACGUCUAAUCCUUACGCUCGACCAUCGCCGCUCAAAUGUUUUCGUUGUUUUCAGCCCGGCCACAAGUCUAAUGAAUGCCCCCAAAGGAAGCAGGUGCAGUUAGCCGAGUUUGAGGAAGGUACAGAUUCUGAAGGAACCACAGUUGAAAUAGCAGGCCAGGUGGAAGACGUCCAAGCUGAUGUGGGGGAACCGUUUGCGGGAGUCAUGGGAAAAUGGCUCUUGGCGCCGCGUCAAACAGGAAUGUCGCAACGCCAUGCCAUUUUUAAAACUCGAUGCACUAUAAGCGGCAAGGUGUGUGAUUUGUUAAUAGAUAGUGGCUGCACAGAAAACAUUGUAUCAAAGGCUGUCGUUCAAGGAUUACAACUAAAAACCACCAGACACGAGAGUCCGUAUAAAAUCAGUUGGGUCAAGAGGGGCAUGGAGAUAGCAGUCACAGACUCCUGUCGGGUGAGCUUUUCUAUUGGCAAACACUAUUCGUGCGAAGUUUUAUGUGAUGUACUAGAUAUGGACGUGUGCCUUCUGAUAUUGGGCCGGCCUAGGAAAUUCGAUGUGGGUGUGCAAUAUGAUGGACGGGCUAAUGUGUAUUCGCUGGAUUGGAAAGGGCGGAAACUACGUCUACUACCGGGCACCUCCACUUCACAGUCACGGGACACAGAUCAAGCUCAUCAUGCUGCCAUCCACUUGGUCUCAGGGAACAAUUUGAUAAAUGAAUGGAGAAAUCAGGCCCCAAUGUUUGCUCUGCUUGUCACGGAAGUGUCUCCAACUCUCCCCUUACAACAGCUCCCACAUGAGGUAUCCGAACUUAUAGAACAAUACCGGGAUGAGCUACCAGCGGAACUUCCUCCUUUGAGGAAUAUUCAACACCAUAUUGAUUUAUCACCUGGUGCAUCGUUGCCAAACCUACCCCAUUACCGCCUCAACCCCAAGGAGCAGGCCAUUCUUCAAGAACUUAUUGACGACUUAUUGCGGAAGCAGCUGAUUCAAGUAAGUCGCAGCCCAUAUGCAGUACCGGCAUUGUUGGUACCGAAGAAAGAUGGCAAUUGGCGGAUGUGCGUCGACAGUAGAGCCGUCAAUAAAAUCACUGUCAAAUACCGUUUUCCCAUGCCACGCAUCGACGAGUUACUGGACCAGCUCACGGAUCCGUAUCCGGCCAGGCGACAAGUGGAAGACGGCAUUCAAAACUCCACAGGGGAUCUACGAAUGGAAGGUCAUGCCAUUCGGUUUGUGCAAUGCACCGUCGACGUUCAUGCGGAUGAUGAACGAGAUUUUGAAACCUCAUUUGGGAAGAUUUUGCAUCGUUAUUUUGACGACAUCCUGGUUUAUAGCCCAGAUCGUUACCAACAUUUGCAGCAUUUAAAAAUUAUGCUUGACAUCCUCCGAGAACAAAAAUUGUUUGUUAACUUACCAAAAUGCGAACUGGCGGCGACUAGUGUACGGUUUCUAGGCUUCAUCGUUUCGGAUGGUGGAAUUCUUGUGGAUCCACAGAAAAUUUUGGCUAUCAAGGAUUGGCCGCAGCCUCAGUCUUUUUUUGAUAUACGAAGCUUUCAUGGUUUGGCCAAUUUCUACCAUCGAUUUAUUAAGAAUUUCAUCCUUAUUAUGGCUCCGAUCACUGACUGCCUCAAGCUGAAGUCAUUUAGUUGGGGGGCCGACCAACAGCAGAGUUUCGAAGCCAUCAAGGAAGCCCUCACGACAGCUCCUAUUCUGGCUCUUCCAAGCUUCGACAUACCCUUUAUGGUAGACACAGACGCAUCAUCCAUUGGCAUAGGUGCAGUGCUCUCGCAAAUGGGAAAGCCUAUCGCCUUCUUCAGUGAAAAGCUGUGUCCGGCAAGAAGUAAAUGGGCGGCAUACGAGCAAGAGCUAUAUGCCAUAAUCCGUGCUCUCAAGCAAUGGGAGUCUUACCUUUUACAUCAAGACUUCGUUUUAUGUAGCGAUAACAAGGCAUUGCAGUAUAUAAAUACUCAAAAAAAUAUUAGCCGUAUGCAUGCGCGAUGGCUAGUUUUCCUACAGCGCUUCUCAUUUACAUUGAAGCAUAAACCGGGUGUCGAGAACACCGUGGCCGAUGCCCUUAGCCGAAGGGCUAUUUUACUCACAACACUAUAA